UGUUGUCAAGUUUUAGUCCACGAAUAAACAAAUCUGUAACUAAAUCAAGCGAGGACAAGGCAGUCCAAUGUUCCAACUACGAAUCGUGUGGAGGAAGUCGCCCCAGAAGUUUCGACAUGAAAUCAAGAGGAAGUGGUGCUCUGUGUGGUCUUCUGUGUAAACAUCAUUUAAAGGCAAUGGCUUCUAGGGAUAAGUGUCUGAAAAGAUUUGUUAUAACUUUAUCGAUAUUCUUCUUUAACUUUUUGGAAGAUUGCUGCAUGUGGAAACUACAGACUGUCAACCAUGAUAUUACUGUAGUAAACGGAGUGGAGUCCAACAUUGAUUUCUCCCUCAGUGAUUAUCGAUCUCUGAAUGUUAGUCUACGACUAACUGUCCAACAUCGGUUAGGUAAUGGAAGUUCAAGCAGAAAAUGUCGGAUUGAUCACUCAGACACAGGAGUCUGUCAGCCGACACUCGGUCCAUGCGAGUGUGUGGGUGAAAGUUCAGGGUCAUAUCGAUAUCGACUAAGGAUGACCUUUACAGAGCAGGAUGGCGGCCAGUGGGUGUUCAUUACUGGCAACAAUGAGGAAAUAUUUGUUAAUAUUACAGUCAUUCCUCGUCGUGCCUUGAACAUCUACACCAACAGCCAGAGUAUUACUGUUGAAAACGGAUUGGAAUCGAAUGUCGACUUCUUUCUCAAUGAUUCUACAGCUGUAGACAUCGGAGUGAAGAUAGUUGUACAACAUCAAAAAAUUGGUGGUGUGACAUUUGACCCUAAAUGUCUCAUACACCACUCAGAGACAGGCGGUUGUCAAAUCUUGUUUGGCCCGUGUGAGUGCAUAGGUGAAAGGUCAGAGACAUACCAAUACCGAUUGAGGAUGAUGUUUAAACAACAAGAUGGCGGUCUGUGGAAGUUUGACAUUGUCAGUCACGAGGGGACGAUUGUUAACAUCACAGUCAUUGGUCACCAGAGUACAGAACAACCAGAAGUGAAGGGGUUGAUACAAGUAAUUUCCGUCAUCACCGUUAUUGUCAUUCUCAUCAUCAUAUCGUUGGUGGCAGUCGUACGGUGUCGUGCCAGGUCAGAACACACUCUCGAGGGCGAAGCAGCACAGAUGAAUGAGGUAACAGAAAUUAAUUCCAUGGACUGUCAACUGUAUCAUAUUCUUGAUAAAGUGGAAUACGUCGACCAUGUAACACAGACUUUAAGAGAAUCUUUGUCACGUGACGGGCAGUCAGCUGACCGCCUUGGUCAAUCCACUGAUGCGGGCGACGUUCAGCUCUACACUGUUGUAGAAAUACUUCACUAACUCUCAUUUGAUUGUUGCGCGUGGGAAUUGAAGACUGACAUCCAUGAAAUUACUGUGGAAAACGGAGUGGAGUACAACAUUGAUUUCUUCCUCACUGAUUACCGAUCGUUGAAUGUUAGUUUACAACUAAUUGUCCAACAUCAGUCGACUGAUGAUGGGUUUUUCAUCACAAAAUGUCAGAUCGAGCAAUCACCCUCAGGAGUUUGUCAGCUGAAAUCCGGUCCAUGUGAGUGUAUGGGUGAAAGUUCAGGAUCAUAUCGAUAUCGCCUGAGAAUGACCUUUACAGAGCAAGAUGGCGGCCAGUGGCUGUUCCACAUUGCUAACCAUGGGAGGACACUUGUUGACAUCACCGUCAUUCAAAGCAUCACUUCAUCACAUGAUCACCAAAGUACAGAGCCUGCACAAGUGACGGGUGUGACCCCUAUCAUCCAAAGCUACACUCUGUCAACUACAACCCUAGUCAUUUUAAUAAUCAUCGUUAUUGUCGUCUUCAUCAUCAUAUCGUUGGUCGCAGUUUUCCGUUGUCAUUCCAAUACCCAUCGCCCUGUCCUGGGUAAGGCAGUGUCAAGUGGCUCAGUGGGAAAGCUGGUCACAAGGACAUUGACAGCUGUUAAUCGUUUUGUCAGUUGUUUUCAAAACACCAAAGGCCGAGAGUGCAUCAGUAUGAUGAUCCUGGACGGAUGGAACAAGGUCAGUGUGAAGUUCAGAGUUCAAUGACCUCUACAUCAUGUCACGUGCAGUCAGCUCACCAUCUGGAGCGAACUACUGAAGCACGUGACACACACUUUACAAAAGAGCACUUUUCAUGUUCCGUGAAGGAGGAGGAGACUACUGACUUCAGAAAGUCUGUCGAGACUGACGCUGACUCCGUAACCUCCACGGCCACAAUACCAUCAACACCAGAACUACCACCGAGGCUUUACAAAUGAUGUUUUACAUUUAACUUAUUAUUUCCCUUCAUAAUAAAUGUUCUUAAAGUUA